AGUUCUAGUUCAACUUUAGCCAUGAAAGCCGUCUGGGUGACUUUGGGCCAAUCACCAGGAAAUCGUGAGUUCUAGUUCAACUUUAGCCAUGAAAGCCAGCUGGGUGACUUUGGGUCAGUCCCUCACUCUCUCUGCCCAAUCCACCGGGGAGUUGUCAUUGUGGGGAAAAUAGGAGUAGGAAGAAUUAUGGUGUGUGUUUAUUUCCUUGACCUGAAGUUGUAUCUUGGAAACUGGAGCCAAUUAAUACUCAGGACUUAAUUUUCCUUUAUUAGUGACCCAAUUCUGGUAAAAAUUAACUACUUUCAUUUCCAAGGCUUUCUCCUUGUAGACCAGCGUUACCAGAUUUUGGGUUAUGUGCCAAGCACAGUAGCCCAACAUUACUUGCUUGCUUAGGCAGUUAAUCUGCUCCAUGUUAUUCUUAUUCAUUCUUAUUCAAGACAUAAAUUUAUGAUGAUGAUGAUGAUGAUGUGUAAUUGGAAUGCUGAAAAACAUCCUGGAUGAUUGUUGAAAUACUAGUCUCUAUUUGGCUCUGAAGCCAGGUCAUGAUCACUGAUAAUAUCAAUCAAACAUAGCUUGCUUAUCCAAAAGAGUGCUGCUAUAAAAGACAAGAGAUUCUUCCCAGAGUCUCUCAAAUCCACACUGGUUUUGGAAAAACAGUGCCACAGAUACUUGGAAAAGUCCAGAACAAAGGAAAUGCAUGAUCUCGCUUUGCUACCGGAUUGUUGAAGACACCAACCACAGGCUAAAGGUGCAUGGAAAAAGUUUCCUGAAUUAAUUGACAUAGUUCUACUCUCAGACUAAAGUACUGUCUCAUUUUAAGGAAGGCUUCGGAGAUCCACCUGUAACCCGUUUGUGAAAGCUUGUAAUCCAGUGAUCUGUUUAACAAGCCUUAACAAGCCAAACAGAAAUUUGCCAGCCAUGUCUCAUCACCAUGAGGACAUCCUUCAAAGAACAUCUGGUGAAAAAGUGAUCCACGGAGGCGAGCCAUCUGUCUGGAAAAUCCCCAGGCAGAUGGGAUCCUUCGGUCCAAAGGCAAUGAUCACCGGUGGCACGGGAUAUUCUGGAUUCCACCUGGGCUGUGCUCUCCUCCAGGAAGGGAUCGGUGUGGUUUUGCUGGAUAGACGUGAACCUAAAAGGGAGCUCCCCCAAGGAGCAAUCUUCUUCCAGGCUGACGUGCGGGAUUACGAGAAAGUCUUCCAAGCUAGCGAGGGAAUUGACACCAUGUUUCAUUUGGCAAGCUUUGGCAUGACAGGAACCGAUCAACUCAAACAGAAAGAAGAGAUUGACUCCAUCAACGUGGGAGGAACAAAGGUUGUGAUUGACGUUUGCAAAUCAAGAAACAUUUCCAAACUGAUCUACAGCAGUUCAGUGACUGUUAUAUUUGGUGGGGAUCCAAUUGAAGAUGGAGAUGAAACGUUGCCGUACUUUCCUCUUGAAAAGCAACCUGACUAUUACUCCAGAUCCAAAACAAUUGCAGAACAGAUGAUCUUAGCUGCCAAUGGCGCCUCACUUCAGGGAGGAGGGACACUCCGAACUUGUGCACUUCGUCCGCCUGGAAUCUACGGUCCGGGAGAGAAGAAAAUUAUUCCCCACAUCGUCAAAACUAUCCAGACCUAUUUAAGGUACUUCACUUUUGAUACCACGGGCACAUGGAUGAACUGGGUUUAUAUUUGUAAUGUAAUUCAAGCCUACCUCCUUGCCAGCAAAGCUCUAGCAGCAGAGAGAAAUUUCAUUGCUAGUGGUCAAGCCUAUUUUAUACACGACGGAGAAAAAGUCAAUUUUUUCAAAUGGUCGUCAGUUGUGUACAAAGCGCGGGGUCUCCGGAAGCCGAGACUGGUCCUGCCUGGGGUUCUUUUAAAAAUCACAGUUACCAUGGCGGAGUAUCUCUACUGGGUUCUUAAGCCCAUAUUUAAGUUUACACCGUUGCUGACCAAAAGAGAGAUGGGGCACCUCCUUGUGACCUACACUUUUCAGAUAGACAAAGCAAGGAAGCAGCUGGGCUAUCAUCCGAAGAAAUAUUCCUUGGCCGAGGUGAUAGACAAUUAUCUGCGGAGAAAGUCUAUGUGUGAAGAAAAAGGAUGUCCCUCCUCCUAAUAUUCAAAUUUGGCCCAAAGAUGGUUUUUUUCCUCCCCAAAAGGCAACCGGACUCUCUUUGUUUUCCCUUGAAGACGUUUCACUUCUCAUCCAAGAAGCUUCUUCAGUUCUGACUGAAUGAUGGAGGACGGAAGGAUUUAUAUUCCUUGCAGUCAUCUGAUCGUUAGUACUCUCUCUGAGAGUCGUUGAGGCCACUUGGAGAUUUAGUUUUCAUAUUUGGCCUUUUUUCUUUUACACUGGGGCUUUUCGUUCCUCACUGAACCGUUUUCAGAAACUUGUCCGCCUGUGGAGAAGACAGGAAGCCCUCGACUUACGACCACAAUUGAGCCCAAAUUUCCCGUGGCCUCAGUUUACCACCUUUUUGGUUUUGCCAUUGUGAAGUGAAUCACUGUAGUUUUUAAGCGAAUCGUGCGUUCGUGAAGCGAACCUGGCUUCCCCCGUUGACUUUGCUUGUUGGAAGCUGGCUGGGAAGGUUGCAGAUGAUGAUCACAUGGCCCUGGGAUGCUGCAACUGUCACAAAAACAUGUCAGUUGCCAGGCGUCCAAAUUUGGAUCGCUUCUGAGGAUGCUGCGACAGUUAUAAGUCUGCAAACUGGUUAUAAGGAAGUUGAUUCUUGCCUUUGAGUGAAGAGCCAAUAUUAUUUAUUGCAUGUAAGGCAGUGAUCCCCCAAACCUUGGCAGCCCAGCAAGGAAGGGGGCAGAGGGGAUAGUUCCUUGUGAGUGACAGGGACCCGCCCCCUCAUGAAUCUGUGCAGCUCCGUUGGUGUGAGCACAAGAUGACUACUGCUCCCCGGGGGUUGGGGAUCCCUGGGUUAAGGGAUGUUUGUUGGGAUGCUGAAUAAUUCGACUGGGAGUUCAAAGGCCUGUGACUGCCUGGAAACACUUUGAAAAUAAGGCAGUUUGGGGCAGGUAAGUGCCUGGAUCAAAGUGCCUCUGAGGAUGAGCUCCCCGGGCAGAAGUGGCGUCAGUUUUUAACCGCUUCCAUGAGAUGUCGGAGAAUUUCUCUUUCAAGAAAUGUCAUGAUUUCAAAGCUUAACAAUAAACCGGUGCCAAUUGUGGUGCAGAAUCC